AUGCCGAGCUGGCCUGUGAUUCAACUCACGGAAGACUUCAAGCCCAUCGGUGCCCUGGCCAUUGUCUCCCUCGGGAGGCAGAGGAAGAAGGGGACCCAGAUCUUCGGCCAGGGCAAGGGCAGCAGAGGCACCACGAUUGCCAAAGAGAUCUGGGAGAAGGCGUGCUGGGUAUACCCCUGGGCCUUCUGCGCUUUGCACGACGCGCUCGGCACCCUCAAGGACGUGAACCCCUCGGGCCUUAAGAGCAACCCAAAGUCCCGCGACGCCCAAGCGGGCAGCAGCCGCUUGUGCACCUGGGAGGUGCUCUCGGUCCGCGUGGCGCAUGGUGGCGGCGUCUCCGAGGACGAGGGCGCGGCCGCUGCAUGCGCAGUCGCCUUGGCCUGCAGCUCACGAAGCGCGUCGAAGCACGAGCUGACGGAGGUCGACGAUCUUCUGCUCCAGCUUGGCAAGCUCUGCAGCUGUUUCGCCGAUGAGCAGCUCCAGCUUCUCCUUGUCUGCCUGCUGGCUGGCCAAUUUGCCUUCCAACUCAGACUGCUGGCGCUUGCACUGGUCAAUGCGGGUCGUGAAGUGAUGCACCUGCGACGAGAAAGGCCUGCUGGCAACAAUGCGCCCUUUGAGCUCAUCUCGUUCACGUACGAGCUCGUCGCGGGCCCGCACGACAGCUGCAUCCUCGAGGGGGCCGAGGGCCUUGAGGGUGGUAGCGAUCUCUCCCAGCCUCUUCUGCUCCAGGUGCUCGAGGUGAGGAGGCGCUCCAAGCGCGCGGCUCACGGGCACGAGGGGGCGGCCACGCGGCCGUCACUGCGCCAGCACGAGGAGCGGCGCGGAGCAGUGGAAGCCGUCUCCGAGUCGAGGGCGUGCCUGAGCCUCCUGUCGCGGCGCGGCGAGCGUGGGGCAGAGCCCGGGGUGCGCCAGGGGCUCGGUGGCGUCGGGAUCCCGGCCGUGCGGCCGCCCCUCGCGCGCACCGGGGUGCCCGCGGGGCGCGCCGAGAAGCACAGAUCUCGGCGUGGACUGAACGAGGACGCUCGGCUCGGGCUCAAGCUUCGGGCGCUUGCCGCUGUCGUCCUCGGGCUCGUCGUCCUCGGGCUCCUCGUCCUCUGGCUGCGGUGCGGGCUUGCGGCGCUUGGCUUUCUGGUAGGGCCGAAGGAGCUGCGGGAGCACAGCGAGCUGCGGGGUGCCACUGGCAGAGGGCCGGUCCCUGAGGAGGGCGCCCGCGGCUGCCUGGACGUCGUGCGCCGGGGCCUGGGUCUCCCGGCGGGCGCGCUGGGCCUGGGCGGCGGGCGCGAGGACGACGCCCUGGCCCCCGGCCGCUCCUUCAUGGCGCAGAGAGCCGCCGAGGCCGACACGAAGGCGCUCGCCUGCGGCCUCCUGUACAAGGUGCUCCAGCAGGGCAAGGGGCAGCGGCGCCCCGGGCUGACCACCCUGUGCCGCUGCCGCUUCACCGCCUCGACGCUCGCCGGCGAGCCCCUCGACGAGUCAGGCGAGAGCGGCGUGCUGCUCCACCCCGGCCUGCAGAAGCGGCUGGUGGCCGAUGAGCAGGGCCGCCGUGCCGAGGCCGGCGGCUCUUGGUGGUCGGUGGCCUUGCGGCUGAUGGUUGAGGGCGACAAGUGGCAGCUCUACGUCCCCCCGGAGCUGGCCUUUGGCAAGCUGGGCAUGGGGGCUGUGCCCCCCGACGCCUUCCUGGUGGUCCGCCUGGAGCUCGCGAGGGUCCUGGACGCCUGCCCCCACGGUGCGCCGUGCCCGCACGCGUGGACGUGGCGCCCCAGGGUGCACAGCUAG